AUUCUGAGGAAAUUGGACAGAUAUGAAGUUGUAACUGCUGAGAAAGGUCUACUACAAGUGUUAAAUGUGGUGCUACCAGGAAGUUAUGACUUAUGAUGGCAUACAUGCAUGUCAUUUUGUAUAUUUUUUUCCCUAACUUGUAUUUUUUUUGGACCUAUACUUCAGCAUUAUAAUGAGAAGCAGAAGAAGUGCAACUUCACAGGAAGCUCAGGUCUUAACUAUGCAGUAAUGAGGCAGAUUCAACCAGUAAAUUAAUCUCUGAAGUGGAGAAGGCUACAUGAAGAAACUUUGAGUAAUUUCUUAUUACUUUGUCAUAUUAUUCAUCUUUGUCCUAUAGAUAUCUCAUUUUAUCUUCUUUACUAUAUGCUUCUUUUUCUCAAGUAAAAUGAAAUGACUAACAAGGAAUAUAUUCAAAAAAAGUUACUUAUAUACUUGUUUCAAUAUUGAUAAAGGUUAUAUGAAUGACUUAUUUUUCCUUGAUUUCCAUUAUUUAAGUUUCUUGAUUUAACUCUGUAAAAACGUUUUUCCUAGCACCAAAACUGCAUAUCUUUUUUUCCUUGUUUUCAUGAUUUCAGUUUCCUCUUUGUGGAAAGGUAAAUUUGUUAAUAAUUUUUCUUAAUAAGUAAUUGUAUGACCAAAGUAACUUGUUUUGAUGCUAAUAUAUGACAUGCCUUUACUAAAAAAAAGUAGAAUAAUGGAAACAUCAAGAAACUUUUUUCCUGAAAUUUCAGUCCCAUGUUUUAUUUUAGACUGAGAGGGGUUCCAAUAAGUUCUCUUCAUCUUAUAAAAUAAGUUUCAGGUCCAAUAAGUUCAUAUUAGGUGUGAUCAGGUCUAACACAACACUCAAAUAUAAGUUCCGAUAAGGGUCAAUCAAGUCUAAUAAAUUCAGUUCAGAUAACUUUAGGUUUUUUCAGGUGAAGAGAACGCACCUUAAAUGAUAAGCAGAAAGGAAAAACAAAUUAACAAGAAAAUGAGCAAAUUGGAUGGCAAAAUGAGGGGAAAAUAAAGGAAAAUAGGGUCACUAAAACUCAUGUGUCAAUAAACUUGCAAGUCAACGCAGGAAAAAAAAUAAAAUCAAACCUUACAUUUACAGUUUUUGCUACAUAAAAUACUUUCUAAAGUAUUUAUCUCAAAAAAACCAUCUUAUAUGGUAAUUUUGACAAAUUUUCCUUAAUGUGAAAGUAAAGUAUGGAUUUUCCUACCACCAAAAAUUGCAUUAUCCUUUAUUUUCCAGGAUCUCCUAGUUCUUUGAAUCUCACUUUAGUAUAAAAGUAAAAUCUUACUAGGUUAUUAUCAAAUAAGGCAACUUUUUUUGAUAUCAGGAUUGAUUUUUGUGUUUAAUGCCUCAUAAUUUUUGCUCUAGUAUAAAAUGGUUUGUCAAUUUUGUAAGUUUCUUUGAGAUAAAUAGUUCAUGUUUGUGUAGACUGAUUAAGAAAUCAUAAGUGUAUUGCAGAAAUGUUAAUUGCAGUAAUUGUGAGUGUUGUUGUGGUUGGAGGAAUAUAUCAGUUGAUAAAGCCACCUCCUUCAAGAAGAUGUGGGAUAACUAAUGGUCCUCCUGUUACUUCACCUAGAAUCAGACUGAGUGAUGGAAGGUAUUUGGCUUACAAGGUCCGAGGAGCACCUAAAGAAAGUGCAAAAUACAAAGUCAUUAUAAAUCAUGGUUUUUUUGCAUCAAAAGACACUUAUAUACCUGUGUCAGAUGAGUGGUUGCAAGAAUUGGGCAUCUUUCUUGUUACAUUCGACAGACCAGGAUACGUCGAAAGUGAUCCAAAUCCUUGUCGCUCACCAAAGAAUGAUGCUCUUGAUAUUGAAGAACUUGCUGAUCAACUAGAGUUUGGCUUGAAGUUUUUUGUCAUUGGAGUUUCAAUGGGUUCUUACCCUGCUUGGGGUUGCCUCAAAUACAUACCUCACCGGCUUGCAGGAGUGGCAUUUGUAGCUCCAGUGAUCAACUACUGGUGGCCUUCGCUUUCUUCUGAUAUAUGCAGCAAAGCAUUUAGUAGAAUGCCUUUGCUGGAGCAAUGGAGACACCGGUUGAUCCACUAUUUCCCUAGAUUAGCAUGGUCGAUACAGCGAUGGUUAUCUUUCCCUACAAUGCACUCUAUUAUGAAGAACAACCCUAAGACUUUCAACAAGAACGACUUUGAUGUCAUGGAACUCUUGUCACAAGUACCCGCUCCUGAUAAGGGCAAGAUAGACCAGCAAGGUGCAUACGAGUCCAUGUACCGAGACUUUGUAAUCUGCUUCGGUUCCUGGGACUUCAACCCAUUGGAACUCACCAACCCAUUUCCUGAAAACAGCAGCAGCUCAGUUCACCUAUGGAUGGGACGCGAAGAUGGGGUUGUUGCAAGAGACCUACUGCACCAGGUUGCACAAAGACUGCCUUGGAUCCGCACCCAUGAAGUUCCAUAUGCUGGCCAUCUUUUCCUACAUGACAAAACUCUGUGUGAAAUGAUGUUAAAGUCACUUGUGCUUGGAGGAAACACUCCAUUUUGAGUGCAUACUUAUCUAUCAUAUAUUGAUAGUGUUGAAAGAUUAGUAGCUUGUUAAGAUUUGUGCCUGUUUUGUUGUUGGACAUUUUGAUUUAGUAAUCUUUCUUAUCCUCCCUCCGAUUGCACCAGUGUUUUACGUGGGGAUAUUAUAUUAUGCGAAAGCAACUUGAAUUCUUACUUGUUUAGUGAAUCCACAAAUUUCAUUUUGAUA